AUGUCAUUUAAUAGUCUACCAGAUGAGAUUAUAGAACACAUUUUAAGUUUCAUUCCCCCAGAUGACUUAUAUGACCAUUUCUUCAGAUCGUCAUUGUCUUCUCCUUCACCUUUACCUUCACCUUCGCUUGCGAGAGCUGAUGAGUAUUCCAAUAUACUAAAGAUGAUCUACUCAAGAAUAUUUGGCAGCAAGAUGAUAGUGAAAAAUAAGGCCCAGAAAGUACGAGAAUCAAGCUAUAGACCACCGAACAUAAGCAUUCAGCCGAGUUCUUUACAUCGUGAUUCCAUUGACAGUAAUGUUGCAAAGAGAAACUUAUCAACCUUUGAAAUCGUAGAUUUUCACGAUGCUUACUCCAUAUUGAUUCAGUUGAUUACUUUCAAUAUGAACACAGCGAUAAUAGUAUUCCCCCGGGAAAUCAAUUUCAUCUUCUUCGUAGCUAAUUAUUGGGAUGAAGAAUUGGAACUAUUCGGUAAGCUACUCGAAGUGUUGGCAUUUGAUAAUUACUACUUCAAAGAGGAUGCAAUUCCAAAGAUCAAUGUAGAGAUACGCUAUGCAAUGGCUUCUGAUUCCAUAGAGCUGGCUGCCCGAAAUAACAAGAUACUAAGGCGAAUAGAGUCAUUAAGAGAGAAGAUGAACAAAAUUACAAUAGUGAACUUCUAUUCACCGAAUCAACUACAAUUGAAGAUGCGAGACAGAGAAUUGUACAACUUCCAUAUAUUACUGCCGCUGAAAUUCAGGAAUUUGACUGACAUACAUUUAAUAAACAAUGGGAUAACAGGGAGUUUCAGGCAAGAUCUCAGGACAACAGCUCCAAACUUGAGAGUCUUGGACAUCAGGAGUAACAAUGUAACAUCUUUGAUUGAUCUACACUUACCACUUUCGAUAGUAGAAUUCCUGUGUUCUUCAAAUACUUUAACGUCGUUAAACGGCCCAAAUUAUGCAGAACUACACAAGAUGGAGAUUUUAAAUGCUUCUAUUAAUGCCAUAAGCAAUAUCGACGAUUUAAUAUUCCCUCCAUUCUUGAAAACUUUGAAGUUGGACUACAAUUCAAUAGAUUCGAUAAGCAGUGAAGUUGAAUUUCCACCUACUCUUUCUACCUUGCUGCUUCUGAAGAACUACAAUUUAAAUGACUUCACUAAUAUUACGUUACCUACAUCAUUAAAGGAGCUUUACCUUGAUGAGAACAAUAUUAAAGCGCUCCCUGUGGAUUUCUUUUCUCUGAACUCGUCACUCAAAGUUCUUUCGCUAAAGGGAAACAAUAUAGAUGAUCUUGAUGACUUAGGCUUGCUUCCACCGCAAUUGACGCAACUCUCCCUAGAUGAUAAUGAAAUUGACUAUUUCAAUUGGAACAUCAUAUUGAUGUUGAAUAAUUUGGAAGAAUUGUCCAUGUCAUCCAUUGGUCUUAUAUCUAUCGAACAUUCAGAUAGUGCCGUUAACACCACAGCCGCUCUAUUACCACCAAAUUUGAAGAAGUUGGACUUCUCUUCAAAUCAGAUUGUUUCAAUCGCUCCCCUCUUCAGGUCGCCAUUCUCCAAGAUUGCAGAAUUGAAACUUAACGAGAACAAAUUGGAAACGUUCCAACUUUCACCACAUGUUGCUCUGAACGUCACGUUUUUGGAUCUAUCACAUAACAUGAUUUCUUCUCUCGGCGAUAUUGAGUUCAAGAGCUUUCAUAAUUUGCAACAUUUAUCACUUAGUGGACUAAAAUUGAUAGAGCCUAUAGACGACCAAUUCCUCACUCAAUUGUUGCCAUGUUCUAAUAGCCUUGUUGAAUUGGACUUGUCGGACAUCUCGUCUGUAGUAUGCCGAGAUUUCAACUGCAAUAACGGAGUGAACAAGCAGAAAACUUGGUGUGCAAGGUGUACCGAUGCAUUUUACGAAUUGAAUGCAGACUUUUCAAAGUUUAAACAGUUGAGUGUAUUACAUUUGAACGGAAACAAGUUUAGUAGAAUUGGAAGCAAGACGAAAUUCUCAGAUGGACUUGACUUAAUGGCUAUUGACUCUACACUAAUCAAUACGGAAUAUGAGGGCCAAUUCAAGCAGGUGGAUGGGUUCUUCAUACCAGUUAGUAGAAGAGCAACAAAAUCUGAGGCCAAAUGGUACAAGUACUGCAAACCAACUCUUACGAUGGAAGUACAGACAUCGGAAAAGACUUAA